GGCUCCUCCCUGCGCGCCCCGCCCGGCUUGGGUGGGGUCCCCGCUGCAGCGUCCACCACACGCCGGGUCCCGGCAGCCAGGCCUGCGGCCGUUGCACGGUUCCCCCGGUGACUUCCCUAGGCCGCGCCGCCCCGCGCCUCCGGAACGAUGCUGCGCUGGCUGCGGGGCUUCGUGCUGCCCGCGGCGGCCUGCCAGGACGCGGAGCCGCCGACGCGCUACCAGACCCUGUUCCAGCAGCUGGACCGCAACGGGGACGGCGUGGUGGACAUCGGCGAACUGCAGGAGGGGCUCCGGAACCUGGGCAUCCCCCUGGGCCAGGACGCCGAGGAGAAAAUUUUUACUACUGGUGAUAUCAACAGAGAUGGAAAGCUGGAUUUUGAAGAAUUUUUGAGGUACCUUAAAGACCAUGAGAAAAAAAUGAAAUUGGCAUUUAAUAGUUUGGACAAAAAUAAAGAUGGAAAAAUCGAGGCCUCCGAAAUUGUUCAGUCUCUGCAGAUACUAGGUCUAACUAUUUCUGAACAGCAGGCAGAGUUGAUUCUCCAAAGCAUUGAUGCUGAUGGGACAAUGACAGUGGACUGGAAUGAAUGGAGGGACUACUUCUUAUUUAAUCCUGUUACAGACAUCGAGGAAAUUGUCCGUUUCUGGAAGCAUUCUACUGGUAUUGACAUAGGAGACAGCCUGACUAUUCCGGAUGAGUUCACGGAAGACGAGAAGAAGUCGGGGCAGUGGUGGAGGCAGCUGCUGGCGGGAGGCAUUGCCGGGGCCGUCUCCCGCACCAGCACCGCGCCCUUGGACCGUCUCAAAGUCAUGAUGCAGGUCCAUGGUUCAAAAUCAGACAAGAUGAACAUAUACGGCGGCUUCCGGCAGAUGGUGAAAGAAGGAGGCGUCCGCUCCCUUUGGAGAGGAAAUGGCACAAACGUCAUCAAAAUUGCUCCCGAGACGGCUGUCAAGUUCUGGGCGUAUGAACAGUACAAGAAGAUGCUCACUGAGGAAGGACAGAAAGUAGGAACCUUUGAGAGGUUCAUCUCUGGUUCCAUGGCUGGGGCAACGGCGCAGACGUUUAUUUACCCCAUGGAGGUCUUGAAAACCAGGCUGGCCGUAGGCAAAACCGGACAGUACUCUGGACUCUUCGACUGUGCCAAGAAGAUUCUGAAACGUGAAGGCAUGGGAGCUUUUUACAAAGGUUACAUUCCCAAUUUAUUGGGCAUCAUACCUUACGCAGGUAUCGAUCUUGCUGUGUAUGAGCUCUUGAAGACCCACUGGCUGGAAAAUUUUGCCAAAGACUCUGUGAACCCCGGGGUCACGGUGUUGCUGGGAUGCGGCGCCCUGUCCAGCACCUGUGGGCAGCUGGCCAGCUACCCGCUGGCUUUGGUGAGAACGCGCAUGCAGGCUCAAGCCAUGGUAGAAGGAGCCCAGCAGCUGACCAUGGUCGGCCUCUUCCGACGAAUCGUUUCCAAAGAAGGCGUGCCCGGACUCUACCGAGGCAUCACCCCGAACUUCAUGAAGGUGCUCCCGGCCGUGGGCAUCAGCUACGUGGUCUAUGAAAACAUGAAGCAGACUUUAGGAGUGAGCCAGAAAUGACGCGUCGAAUGGUUUGCUUUGGCCGGAUCACUGAGAUCUCCUGUCACCUCCAGAGGGACCGUUCCUCCUGGAAUCGCAAGCCUACGGCAAAUGGGGCUGCGGUUUUUCACAAAAGGGAAGAGCUUAUCAAGGAUCACUUUAAACGUUUGGGCUCAAUUUUAUACAUACAGAGAUGUUUUUAAAAAAUCAUAGUUUUGAUAAGCUCCUCCAAUUCUGACAAGGCCAGAAAAAUCACAUUUUAUCUCUUCUUAUUAGUCCUUUCUACGGAUCUCUGCCCUGAAUCCUAAAUCCGAAAAAUGUACCUGCUUGAACUAAAUUUGUUUUGUAGGGUAAAUUUGUUUCAUUUUGUAUGGGAGAAUGGUAAAUCAUUCAUCUUUAUUUUGAAUGGUUCAAGUUUAUGCCAGUUUCUUUAUACUGAAGUCGUCUUCUUCUUAAAAACAACAUGAUCAGAAAACCUUGAAACUUAAAUUGUUUUAUACAUUUUGAAUGUCUUUACAGACUUCUUAAUAUUCCCUUGUAGGGCCAUCAAUCGAAUCAUUGCACGAAAAUACACCUUCCAGCAGGCAAAUAAGUAGAGGGUUUAUGUCCUUGUCUUUCUUUAAGCUGAAUAAGAAUGAAUGUAAGUGGCUGAAUUUCAAGGGAUGUAAAAACUCUAGCCCAUUUUUAUCAUUUUUGUAUAAGGUGGAGUGAUGACAAUAUUUAUUUCAGUGGGCCCUUCUCUGUUUCCCUUGCAUUUCCUGGGAUGACACAGUGGUUGUGAGUAAAUUACUGUCACAUUACCGACACAAGGUGGCCUAUUUGAAAGAUUCUGUUUAUCCUGGCACUGCUUCAAAAAGCACCAGGAAACAAAAACUUUUUACUUAAUAUCAGCCUCUGAAGAGCAGCUCUGUUUUCUUUGUCCUUCAUUUCCUACUUGAAUCAGAUUUUAAUCAGGAAGUCUUCUGGAGACCGUUCUUGGUAAUCUGAAAUUUCUUAACUACAUGGAGUGCGUGGAUCAUGGGUGAACGGCCUUGUCUUCCCCCUCACUGUUCAGUUUCUUUGAACCUGCGAUUCCCAGUUUGGGCAGCACAAACCUUGUCUUAAUGUUAGGUACUUAAGUUUAAAUGCAAGGCCCAAUUUUUAAACACACACAUUUAUAUUCUUUCUUGCCCCAAGUUUUAGAACGUGUUUUUAUGAUAUAGAAAACUUAACUUUUAAUAUUAUAGCAUGUUUUUAUUUUACUGAAGCCAUUUUUGUAGUUAACUGUCUUUUCUGACUUAUGUGAUUGGGACUUAGAAAAAUAUUUAUUAGUUGCAGUUACUCUUACCACUUUUUAAAUUUAGUUCCUAAAACUUCCAUUUGAUUGCUAGCAAUUCCUGUUAUAAAUUGUCAACAUUUUACUGAAAAUCUAGUGACAUGGUAGGCAUUCACUUUAUUUCAAUCUACCUCUUAUAUUUUAUGAACCAAAGAGAAAUGUUGGACUUAUCUUUGUGAAACAUAUUCCAAAAUAUAGUUUUCAUUAUGCCUGAUAGAUGUCUCAGUAUUUUUAUAAUACAUGUGACAAGCAUGGGACUGUAUCUUUAGGGUGGUUUGUACUUGGAGUAAUACAUGAAUGAAUGACAAUAUCAAGGUACAUGAUUAGCUCUUUCUUUAAAAUUAUGGCAUGAACAAAUGAAAUCUCAAGCUACUGAUGAAUCAUCACUGUUCAUUAUGAAUUUAAAUUGUUUGCUAUUUAACAUUUGUAAGGAGUGAAUGUGAUUUAUCUGUGCAUCUUGUAUCUUUUGAAACAAUGGUUUUGUAUCUUUUGAAAAGGGCGGGGAGCUGAAGAUAACACUGUUUCCGCCAUGGACACACACUUACUUUACAUUUAUAUUAAAAAUGUGUAUAUGUUUGUUUUUAAAA